AUGAUGGUUCGGGGUUGCAAAUGUUAUCGUUUAAUCUAUCUAUCUAUCUAUCUAUCUAUCUAUCUAUCUAUCUAUGUUCAUAUCUACCUUAGUCUGUUCAUAUCUAUCUAUCUAUCUAUCUCAGUCUGUUCAUAUCUCAUGUGUUUCUAUCUAUCUAUCUAUCUAUCUAUCUAUCUAUCUAUCUAUCUAUCUAUCUAUCUCAGUCUGUUCAUAUCUAAGUCUGUUCAUCUAUCUAUCUAUCUAUCUAUCUAUCUAUCUAUCUAUCUAUCUAUCUCAGUUUAUCUAUGUAUGCCAGUCUGUUUAUAUCUAUGUUCAUAUCUAUCUCAGUCUGCUCAUAUCUAUCUAUCUAUCUAUCUAUCUAUCUAUCUAUCUAUCUAUCUAUCUAUCUAUCUAUCUCAGUCUGUUCACAUUCAUUCAUCUAUCUAUCUAUCUAUCUAUCUAUCUAUCUAUCUAUCUAUCUCAGUCUGUUCAUAUCUAAGUCUGUUCAUAUCUAUCUCAGUGUGUUUCUAUCUAUCUAUCUAUCUAUCUAUCUAUCUAUCUAUCUAUCUCAGUCUGUUCAUAUCUAAGUCUGUUCAUAUCUAUCUAUCUCAGUUUUUCUAUAUAUGUCAGUCUGUUUAUAUCUAUCUAUGUUCAUAUCUAUCUCAGUCUGCUCAUAUCUAUCUAUCUAUCUAUCUAUCUAUCUAUCUAUCUAUCUAUCUAUCUCAGUCUGUCUCAGUCUGUUCAUAUCUAAGUCUGUUCAUAUCUAUCUAUCUAUCUAUCUAUAUCUAUCUAUCUAUCUAUCUGUCUGUUUCUAUCUAUCUAUCUAUCUAUCUAUCUAUCUAUCUAUCUAACUAUCUAUCUAUUGCAGUUUAUCUAUCUAUCUCAGUCUGUUCAUAUCUAAGUUUGCCCAUAUCUCUCUCUUUCUCUCUAUCUAUCUAUCAUAGUUUAUCUAUGUAUCUCAGUCUGUUUAUAUCUAUCGACCGAUCGAUCGAUCUAUCUAUCUCAAUUUCGUUGGUACCUCCAACCCCAACGCCACCAUCUCACCUCGCCACCGAACGUCACCUCCUGUCCCUAACCCUUACACCUACCCUUUACUCACCCUUCCAUCAGCCAACACCCCCCACGACCCGUCCCUUAUUUACUCCAACCUCUUCCGACCCGACAGCAAGCAUGUCAAAACCAAAUAGAUACAAUACCCGCCGCAGUCCAGGCACUAUAUCUAUCUAUCUAUCUAUCUAUCUAUCUAUUAUCUAUCUAUGGGCGUUAAUUCAUAUCUAUCUAUCUAUCUAUAUCUAUCUAUCUAUCUAUCUAUCUAUGCCUGAUCAAAACACAUACUCUUUUUCUUUCUCACACAGUCAGUUCAUAUCUAUCUAUCUAUCUAUCUAUCUAUCUAUCUAUCUAUCUAUCUAUCUUUUCAUAUCUCUCUAUUUAUCUAAAUCUGAUCACAUACUUCUAUCUAAUCUGUUCAUAUCUAUCUAUCUAUCUAUCUAUCUAUCUAUCUAUCUAUCUAUCUAUCUAUCUAUCUAUCUAUGCCUGAUCACAGCACACACACUCUCACACAUUUGUUCUCUAUCUAUCUAUCUAUCUAUCUAUCAUCUAUCUAUAUGCCUGAUCAAAAACAUACUCUUUUCUUUCUCACACAGUCAGUUCAUAUAUAUAAUCUAUCUAUCUAUCUAUCUAUCUAUCUAUCUCUAUCUAUCUAUAUCUAUCUAUCUAUUUGACUAUCUAUCUUAUCUAAUGCCUGAUCAAACCACACACUCUUUUCUUUCUUAA